GCCUGGGACAGAGAACGCGGAGCGGCCGCGGGGAGUCGCCACUCCGAGCCUAUGGAGGAACCUGCAGCGCCCGGGGCCGCCGGCCCUCCAGCCAAUGGCAAUGGCAACGGCAACGGCAAUGGCAACGGCGGCAGAGCUAAGCAGGCAGCGCCCAAGGGUCGGGAAGCUUUCCGCAACCAGCGGCGGGAGUCUGAGGGCUCCAUGGACUGUCCCACUCUGGAAUUUGAGUAUGGAGACUCUGAUGGGCACGCAGCGGAGCUGGCAGAGUUGUAUAGCUACACGGAGAACCUGGAAUUCACCACCAACAGACAGUGCUUUGAAGAGGAUUUCAGGACUCAAGUGCAGGGCAGGGAGUGGCUGGAGCUGGAGGAAGAGGCCCAGAAAACCUAUGUGAUGGGACUCCUGGACCGGUUGGAGGUGACCAGCAGGGAGCAGCGGCUGAAGGUGGCCCGGGCUGUCCUCUACCUGGCGCAAGGCACGUUUGGGGAGUGUGACUCUGAGGUAGACGUGCUGCACUGGUCCCGCUACAACUGCUUCCUGCUCUACCAGAUGGGCACCUUCUCGGCCUUCCUGGAGCUGCUGCACAUGGAAAUUGACAACAGCCAGGCCUGCAGCAGCGCCCUGAGAAAGCCAGCCAUUUCCAUCGCUGACAGCACGGAGCUUCGGGUGCUGCUAAGUGUGAUGUACCUCAUGGUGGAGAACAUCCGCCUGGAGCGAGACAUGGACUCCCGUGGGUGGCGGGCAGCCCGGGAGACCUUCCGUACCGAGCUGAGCUUCUCCAUGCAUCACGAGGAGCCUUUUGCUCUCCUGCUCUUCUCCAUGGUCACCAAGUUCUGCAGUGGCCUGGCCCCCCACUUCCCCAUAAAGAAGGUUCUGCUGCUGCUCUGGAAGGUGGUCAUGUUUACCCUGGGCGGGUUCGAGCACCUGCAGGCCCUCAAGGUGCAGAAGCGCGCGGAGCUGGGGCUGCCGCCCCUGGCAGAGGACAGCAUCCAGGUGGUGAAGAGCAUGCGCGCCGCCUCGCCGCCCUCCUACACGCUGGACCUGGGUGAAUCGCAGCUGGCGCCGCCUCCUGCCAAGCUCCGCGGGCGCCGGGGCUCCAGAAGGCAACUCCUCACAAAGCAGGAUAGCCUGGAUAUCUACAAUGAAAGAGACCUCUUUAAGACGGAGGAGCCAGCACCCGAGGAGGAUGAGGAUCCCGCAGGUGAUGGGGAACGGGCCCUGGACGGAGAGCUGGACCUGUUGGAGCAGGACCCUCUGGUGCCCCCUCCGCCUUCACAGGCUCCCCUCUCAGCUGAGCGGGUGGCCUUCCCCAAGGGCCUGCCCUGGGCUCCAAAAGUCAGGCAGAAGGACAUUGAGAACUUCUUGGAGAUGAGCCGGAACAAGUUCAUCGGAUUCACUCUGGGGCAGGACACUGAUACCUUGGUGGGAUUGCCCAGGCCCAUCCAUGAGAGUGUGAAGACCUUAAAGCAGCACAAGUAUGUCUCCAUCGCCGACAUCCAGAUCAAGAAUGAGGAGGAGCUGGAGAAGUGCCCCAUGUCUUUGGGGGAAGAGGUGGUGCCCGAGACGCCGUGUGAAAUGCUCUACCAGGGCAUGCUGUACAGCCUCCCACAGUACAUGAUUGCGCUGCUUAAGAUCCUGCUGGCCGCUGCCCCCACGUCCAAGGCCAAGACCGACUCCAUCAACAUCCUGGCCGACGUGCUGCCAGAGGAGAUGCCGAUCACCGUCCUGCAAAGUAUGAAGCUGGGCAUUGACGUGAACAGGCACAAGGAGAUCAUCGUCAAGAGCAUCUCCACCCUGCUGCUGCUCUUGCUCAAGCACUUCAAGCUCAACCACAUCUACCAAUUUGAAUAUGUAUCACAGCAUUUGGUGUUUGCCAACUGCAUCCCACUGAUCCUGAAGUUCUUCAAUCAAAAUAUCGUGUCCUACAUCACUGCCAAAAACAGCAUCUCGGUCUUGGAUUACCCAGGCUGCACCAUCCAGGAUCUGCCGGAGCUCACUGCAGAAAGUUUGGAAGCUGGGGACAACAACCAGUUCUGCUGGAGGAACCUCUUUUCCUGCAUCAACCUUCUGAGGCUGCUCAAUAAGCUGACCAAAUGGAAGCAUUCCAGAACCAUGAUGCUGGUGGUGUUCAAGUCCGCCCCCAUCCUGAAGCGGGCCCUCAAGGUCAAGCAGGCCAUGCUACAGCUCUACAUCCUGAAGCUGCUGAAGAUCCAGACCAAGUACCUGGGGCGCCAGUGGAGGAAGAGCAACAUGAAGACCAUGUCGGCCAUUUACCAGAAAGUGCGCCACCGCAUGAACGACGACUGGGCCUAUGGGAAUGACAUCGACGCCAGGCCCUGGGACUUCCAGGCAGAGGAGUGCACGCUGCGGGCCAACAUCGAGGCUUUCAACAGCCGCCGCUAUGACCGGCCUCAGGACUCCGAGUUCUCCCCGGUGGACAACUGCCUGCAGAGUGUGCUAGGCCAGAGGCUGGAGCUGCCCGAGGACUUCCACUACUCCUACGAGCUCUGGCUGGAGAGAGAGGUGUUCUCACAGCCCAUCUGCUGGGAAGAGCUGCUGCAGAAUCACUGAUGGAGCGCUGGCUCCCAACAACGGUGCUCAGCUUGCCCUUGUUCCCAGCUCUCCAGGGCUGUUCUGGGCAAGAGCUGGCUUGGCAGGGACAGGCGGUGGCGCUCAGGACCUGGAGAUAGUGUUGGGCUGGAAUCCUGGAUCACAGCAACUUGGCCAACCUGGUAGCCAGUUGGCCUUGGCGUCCUCCGGCUGCUCAGUCUUGAGGCAGGCUCUCUGCUGGAGUCUUGCCUGGAACCAGGCUAACCUUGGCCGCCCCCCAAGAAUGAGAACAAGUUGAUAGACUAGCGCUAGUGCCAUUUGGACUAGGACUUUCCUUAUCCUAGGGCAGCAGAGGUACAGGUACAGGUCUCAAAGUAAGAAGAACAUCCUCCCCCUCACUUCUCCAGAUCCCUAGAUCUUUCUGGAGGCUUGGAAACUCUGCCCCAUCUGACAUUUAACAUGUUAAUGCUUGCCCUUUUCAAAAAUGACUAGCUCUGGGCUGGCCUCUGGAGCACCUGGCCCUUCUUUGUGAGGGGGGCUGAUGUCCUCUGCCUGAACACUGCAUGUUGUGGAGAGGUGUUCUGUGUAAAGUCUUUUUCUCUAUAUCCCCUGAGAGACCUAUAUUCAUCGUGAUGUUUAUUCCUUGUAGACUCGGUACAGCCCUGCGUGGGGGAAUGGGGGGGGGGGGGGCUCUGACCCAACAAAUAGCAAACAGGCCUCCUCUGUGGAUGCAUGUGUCUUUCUGAAACUCUGACUGUCAGCCCUAAAAAUCCCUGAGCACACUGCAGGAAAUUGUCCUUUUCAUCCCAUUCAUUUUUCAAAUGACAAGUCAGCCACAGGAGGUCUGACUGCUUGCAACGACAUAUCCAUUUGUGCCUGUGAUCGAUUUCUUUUUUAAUUGAAUGGAACAGCAAGAACACCACAGCUGACCAAUUUUUCUUCUCCUCUUAUGUUGAUUAAUGAUUUUUUCCCCCCUUUUCACUGCUAGUGGUUUCAGAAAGUCAUGUGGAGAUUUAGUGAUGCUAUUUCUGCCUGGAACUUCUGCACGAUUCUUUGCAAAUUAGCAUUGUGUGGAUGUAAAUUAGCAUUGGGUGGAUGUACCAGUCUCCUUAAACUCUUUUCUAGCAGAAUCGUAGACUCCCCAGUGGAAACAGUUUACAAAAAUUUUCUGAUUCAAUUAAGGUCGUUUUAUUUGUCUGCUGUCCCUAUAACUGUGCCUUCUAUGUUUUUCUGUUGUUUAUUUUAUGCAAUAUAGUCACUACUGAAAAUUAUUAUUAUUAUUAUUAUAUACUUUUUCCCCCCACUAUGGCUAUCACUGGGCUCAAUGCCUGCAUGAUGAUGCCAACAUUCUUUGUGGCCAUUCAUUUUCUUUUCUGUGUUUCUUUUUUUUAUUAUUAAUUUUCUGGUAGUAUGUGCACUUAACCAGGUGUGCCACCUCCUGGCCCCUAUUUUUAAUUAAAAAAAUUAGAUUUUACUGUUAUUUUUUUGGUGCCUACUUCCCUGGUGGCCAUCUUCUCUCUCUCUCUCUCUCUCUCUCCCUUCUUCCUUCCUUUCUUUUUCUCUUUCUGUGUUUUAGAUAGGACCUAUAGGAAUUGAGAGGGAAGUGGGGGAGAGAGUGGUCCAGGAGGUAGCACAGUGGAUAAAACAUUGGACUCUCAAGCAUGAGGUCCUGAGUUCAAUCUCCAGCAGCAUAUGUAGCAGAGUGAUGUUUGGUUCUCUCUUUCACCUUCUUAAUGAAUAAAUAAGUAAAAUCCUUAGAGAGAGAGAGACCUGUAGUCCUGCUUCGCCACUUGUGAAGCCUCUCUCCUGCAGUAGGGAGCAGGGGCUCCUACCCAGAUCCUUGAGCUUGGUAAUAUGUGUGUUUAAUCAGGUGCACUACCACCCAGCCCCUCUAUUUUUCUUUAAUAGAGGUGAGAGGCAGAGAAGGAAGUUAAGAGAGACAGAGAGGAAAGACACCUUCGACAUUACUCCACCACUCAUGAAGUUUGAACUCAGAUCCUCAUACAUAAUACCACGCGCUGUACUGGGUGAGCCACCAUCUGGCCCCUGAAUGUUUUUAUGAUAGUACCAGGCCACUUUAAUUAUGCCAGGAGGUCUCAUCAGGGUUGAUUUGCUUAUUCUGUCAACCACUUAUUAACCUUAUUAGUGACUUCAUUUAGAAGUCUUAUUUUUACUUUUUAUUAUUGUUGUUUUUGCCUCCUGGGUUAUUACUGGGGCUCAGUGCCUGCACCAUGGAUCCACCACUCCUGGAGGCCAUUUUUCCCCCUUUUGUUGCCCUUGUUGUUGUAGCCUUGUUGUGGUUAUCAUUGUUGUUGAUGUCGUUCGUUGUUGGAUAGGACAGAGAGAAAAGGAGAGAGGAGAAGACAGAGAGGGGGAGAGAAAGAUAGACACCUGAAGACCUGCUUCACCGCUUGUGAAGUGACUCUUCUGCAGGUGGGGAGUGGGAGGCUCGAACCGGGAUCCUUAUGCGGGUCCUUGCACUUUGUGCCAUGUGCGCUUAACCCACUGCGAUACCGCCCAACCCCCAAUUUUUUUGUUUUUAUUGUUGCACUAUGAAUACACUGCUUCAGGCAGCCAAUUUUUCCUUUUUUUUUCUUCCUACUUUGAUAAAACAGAGAAAUUGAGAAGGGAGGCAGAUAUAGAAAGGGAGAGAGAUACCUGCAGGCCUGUUUCACCAUUCAUGAAACAUCCUCCCUGCAGGUAGAGAGCAGGGACUCGAAUUACGUGGCCUUGUGCAUAGUAAUGUGUGCGUUCGCUUGGGUGUUCCACCACCCAAUCCCCCUAGGAGUCUUUUUUCUUUUUAGAACUCUUUUUUUAAAAAGUUUAAUCUUUAUUUAUUUGAUAGAGACAGCCAUAAAUUGAGUGGGAAGGAAGUGGUAGAGACAGAGAGACACUUGGAACACUGCUUCACCACUUGAGUAGCUUUCCCCCUGUAGGUGGGGGCCAGGGUCUUGAACCUGGGUCCUUGAGCAUUGUAAUGUGUGCGCUCAAACAGGUGCACCACCACCCGCCCCCCUAGAAGUCUUUUUUUAAUGUAAGUUACUAACAUUCUCCAAAGGAAUGAUACCAAAACUGUGUAUAGCUUGGAUUGCACCUCCUUGUAAUUUAGAAUGGCAGAGUCUUUGUCUUUAUGGAAAGAUCAUAAAAAAUUCAUGUAAAGUCUCAAAAUAAUUUGGAAAUGUUUGCCUGGGUAGACCAGCAGUCCAUGUUAUAAUCAAAAUAAUUCACUGAUCAUAUCAUGUAUAAACUUUUAGUCUAUGAUUUUCACUUGAUUCAAAUGAAAAGACGCUUUUCAAGGAGAGAGCAAUUAUCAGUCUGUCUCUGUCAAAGCCAUAUAGUACUUAAUUCAAUUUAUGUCAAGAAUAAAUCAGUUGUCCUUUGGAAAAAAUUGUGCAUGAAUACUUUCUGAGGCAUGGGUAUAUGCUUAGUGUUUCAUAUGGUUAUUAGUUACAAAUCUUCCUAAAUUUAGGAAGGCUUAAUCUUCAGUGCAGAUGGAGAAAGUGAGGUACCAAAGAGAAGUGGUUAGUUUCAACUGGCUUGCUGGGACUCAUUCUGGCGAUGAGUGCCAGCCGCAGGCUUUGAGGUAAUGGAGUUGACUCUCCCAGCCUGAGACCCUUGCGUGUGUAAAGGGAGACACUCAACCCGGCCAGCCUCCAGCAGUGAUUCCUGGGACUUCACAGAAUGUCAUUUGCGUGAUGACACACUAGAGAUAUUUUAUUUAUGACUCCUUCAAGGUUUGCGUGGAUUGUUGACAAUGUUAUCUACUGAAACACUUGAAUAAAAAGAAAAAUUGAACCAGA